GAGACGCCCAUUCCUGGGAGUUACCACAUCCGGGACUUCAUUGAGGAGGCUGGCCUGAACCCGGUCUGUAGGAUGUAUGGCUUUAAGGGUACGGGGAGAGACGCCCAGAUUCAGAUGCAUAAGGGGGACCUGCUGCUACUGGGAGCCUGACUCCACCCAGGAGGCCCUCCAACGCCAGGCCUCCUACUCCUUUAAGAACUGCCCCUGGCCAAACAACUACACCCUGGGCAUCCGCGACAAGGUGGGGAGAGGAUGUCAAGAGGAGGGUGACAAAGGGAGGGGUCGUGGGGGGAGAGGAGAUAGGGAGGUGAGGAGAAGGGGGUGUUAUCAGCAGUAAUUGAUCUUCUAAUAACACCGUUUUAUUUGACAUUAUAACCUGAGAGUUUAUAUUGUCCAUCUUUGUCCAAGGAAUUGACCUUUCACCAUGCCACUACAAUGUGACCGAGAAACCAGUUCCAAAGAUACGCUGCAACUAAACACUUGCGUAAUCUAUCAUUAUAAUUUUUACACUGUUAAAUCUGAAUCACUGCAAGCAGACUGCCUCUGAUUCAUCUCCUUGAUAUUUGAAUCAUCCCUUGAUAUCUUUUUCCUGUGAGCUUUCAUCUCUUCAAAACAUGUACAAACAACAACCUGACCUCUCCAUUCCAGCACCACACAACAGGUCUGGCCCACUGAGGUAUAAUAAGAACUAGAGACUGCCUCCAAGAUGGCCGACCUUUGUUUUAAACAUAAUCUACUCACGUUCGCAUACGCCAUUUCGUGGUUGCUGCCGUCUUUCUUGCUGGGAUUACUACACCUGCGCAUUAACGCUCAGUGUACACUGGACAGACAAAACUAUUGUGUGAACUCUGUCAGAGCACCUGGACAGCUAAACAAGCCAACUGUCACUUCCCCUAGCUAGCUGGUGUCAUGAACUCAGAGCAUGAAUAUAAAAUGUUAAUAUCUUCGGCUGUGAGUGAUGGAUUUUUUUUGGGCUUUGGCGACAAUAAUUUUGGAUGUUUUGUGUACAAAGGUGAUGAAUAAAGUGUCUUAUUAGGAAUGUUCAAAUUUGAGUUCUCUAUGGGGCCAUCAAUGGGAAUUGUCUUUCUCGGCCGUGAUUCAGUUAAACUGCAGUACCGAAGCAAUACUGUAGGUGCAGUCAAAAGCGUGCUUCCAGACCAGAACCCUGGCCCCUAGGUCUGGCCUCUAUUUAUGCCAGUGGAGGCUGGUGGGAGGAGCUAUAGGAGGACGGGCUCAUUGUAAUGGCUGGAAUGGAAUACAUGGAACAGAGUCAAACGUGGUUUCAUGUGUGAUGUGUUUGAUACCAUUCCAUUUAUUCCAUUCAAGCCAUUACAAUGAGCCCGUCCUCCUAUAGCUUCUCCCACCAGCCUCCACUGAUCUAUGCCCUCUUCUCUACAGCACCUAAUCUCCUCUCUCACCACUCCUCUCCUUGCAGACACGUGAUGUUCGUUCGGCAGUGCAGAGUGCCAACUUUCUGCCUGUGAGUAUCUAGUCUUCACUGGCUAUGACUAAAGCCCUUACACAUUUCCUACGUGUUUCAGUCGGUUUGGUUAUGACACCCAUAACAGAGUCUGUUCUCUGACCGCAUUUGAUUCAUAUUACGGCACUGUGUUGAUUGAUGAUUCAAGUUCGGUUGCACUGUGUGUGCUGCAGCAAGUGCAUCCGUACUUGAUAGAUAUUUGAGUAGUGUUGGCAGCUGUCUCAUGUUGACAGAGAACGAAAUGUGUUAAGAAAUCUCAAGGGUGUCAUUAUUAUGUAGUAGGGAGCUUUUUUCACUGUUAGUGGUGUGUCAGGGCUAGUCCAAGUUUAUUGUCAAAGGUUAAAGAGCUCAACAAAUCCCGUGGCGAUUGUAUUUGUGGCCACAGCCAUUCAGACAGCUGUCUAGUUGAUGAAUUGAAGCAGGUUCGCCAUAUAUCAGUGGGUCAAGGGUCACACAAGUCUUAAUGUUUUACACUGAGAAUAUUCAGCCAGAGUCCCUAUCAAACUCAUUCAAAUAGUCAACUGAGGAUUUCUCUUGGAUUCCUCUGCAGGCUAAGAAUGUGAAAUAGAUUUUCACAUAUUCCCAGAGAAAUAUCCCCAGGGCUUACGGUGUUGCAAACCCUACAGAGGGGGAUAGUUUUUUUAUUCUGAUUUGACUUCAUUUCUUCGUUUCUUCUUCGUACUGACCAAAAUGUGCCCCAGAUUUGUUUUGUGUUUGUGCACUCAGAACCAAACAAUUUUGGAGCCUUUAUUUCCAAUCUAUUGUAUUUUAAUGACAUUAACUCGAUAGCCUAGCUGGGAUUAUCCAAAUAAAAUCUUUAUUGUUUGGCCAUGGCCUCUGAAGUUUUGUGGUUGAGGAUAACAGCUUGGGGGAUCUGCACUUUGUACACGUGGUGUAUCCAUGGAAAUAGAGGUGGCGAGGAACUUCGCUGCAGCACACCCGUGAUUAAUGAAAGGUCAAAGGUUCAGCAGACAUUUGCGGCAUGGGCCAGUUAUCUGUGCCACGCUGGGAGAAUGUGGCACUCGCUCUAACAGCAGCAAAAAAGUAGGCCAGGCACCUUACACAGCGGCAGAUCAGCAGGACAGCUCAUCAGGACAGCUCAUCACGGGGAGGCGAGAGUGCUUCGGUCCCCCGUGUCCUUUCUAAAAUCUCCUGUGAAAUACACCUGCAUUAACACCUCCACCGCGGAUCAGCUCCCCUGCGAGCUGACGGGCAGGUGGGGGAUAUGAAGUGAAUUUGCCCAGCGGAAUCAAAUGGCACGUAAUGAUAGCUAUAGCUAGCUAGUCUGAACCUCCCAGCUCGGGGACAGAGAAAGGCUCCUCCUAGAAGCUCCUUUUAUUUUCUUCUCUUGUUCUUUGUACUAUGAAUCACCAUAUCAGGAGGGCUAGGGAUGGAUGGAUUACUGGCUCAGCUUGGUCAAAGACAUACAAAUGUCCAGGAACAGGAAAGGUAGGAGAGGCUGUGGGCUAUUUUCUGCUUAUGGCCAACAGUAUGUUUGGGCAGGGAAAAGGAUAGCUGGAAGCCAUUGAAAUAAAUGUUUUGAACCUCAUGUAAUUAAUAUACUGUAUAUGCUGUGGUUUAAGUAUAAAUAGCCAUACAAUUGGAACUGCCUCAAUGAUCCAACUUCACCAUGUUUUGGCAUUGAACGGUUGUAUAAACCUGAUUCAUGGCAGUAAAUAAUCUUCAAGGCAACUAUUCAACCUUGGUCCCUCUGAGCAGGUUUAUUUGCCUUUGUGUGUGAGUUAGCCUACUGUAAGUAAUGAAUCAAAUGGUUAUUGUUUGUGUUCAGAGGGAGGGCCCUGCUCCUGAACACUACAAUAUGAGGACCGGCCCAACUAAAGGAGUCACGUGCUGUUUCAGAUCCACUGUGCCCCGUCUUCACAGUGUACGCUCGGUGGGUGACACACGCACACACACACACACUUCAUGUCAUUUUGGAUGGUUAAUUGAGCCCCUUAUAAAAAUCUAAACAGAAACCGUAAUUUUUGCAGCUGGUAUGUUGUGAGCUAUUCUCUCUCCCACAGUCAUGAUCAGUAAAGAUCUAGCUAGCUGUGUUCUAGUGAGUGUGUGUGUCUUGUUUGACAGAGGACCGCAGAACCAGGGACCUAUGAGCCUUCCUGGCAGAUG